UAAACAACACACCGCCCAGGCUUCCCCACCCCCGCGGCCUUAUCCCCCAGCCAAAAUGGACGCCACCACCGCCGCCGGGAGGCGCCUCCUCCUCCCGCUCCGCCCCGCGCCGCCGCCGCCGCGCGGCGCGGUAGCUGCGUGCUCCCGGAGAGGAGCCGGGCCGAGGGUCCGGGUCGUGCCGGCACGCGGGUCGCUCGACCGCGCCGCCGUGCUCCUCGAUGCGGCGGCGGCGGUGGGCGGCACCGGGUACUCGCAGGCGAGCUACUACACGUCGCUGGGGCUAUUCGUGCUGUCCGUUCCCGGGCUGUGGUCGCUCAUCAAGCGCUCCGUCAAGUCCAAGAUUGUGCAGAAGACGUUUGUCAAGGAGGAUGGGCAGUUGAUGACGCCAAAUCAGGUGGCUGGGGAGAUCCUGUCGUUCUUCACCCGCAACAAUUUCACCAUCUUGGACCGUGGCGAGGUCAUCACCUUUGAGGGUACGAUGGUACCAAGCAGAGGGCAAGCAGCUCUGCUGACCUUCUGCACCUGCAUUAGCCUCGGGAGUGUCGGGCUCGUUCUAUCGAUCGCUGUCCCAGAAGGUGGCAACAACUGGUUCUGGCUUAUUACCCUAAGCCCCUUGGCGGGAGUGUACUACUGGACAAAAGCAUCAAGGAAAGAAGAGAUCAAGGUAAAAAUGAUCCUUUCCGACGAUGGGAACGUAUCUGAGAUCCUUGUGCGAGGUGAUGAUGUCCAAGUUGAGCAGAUGAGGAAGGAUCUCAAGUUGAGCGAGAAGGGGAUGAUAUAUGUGAAGGGCAUUUUCGAGACAUGACCGGGAGUUCGAUAUCUGGAACCAAACAUUUUAGAUGAAUCUUACUUGUGAUGCAAACAGCAGGUAAGGGGCGCAAAACAUACGGGCAAAUCUGUAUAUUGGCUUUGAUAAAAAUAGGUGAUCCUCAUACGGGAUUCUAUUAAUAUAAGUGAUGCUAAUAUGAGGGUAAUUAAUAUGUUAACUCAACAUUAAACUGAUGACAAUGUAAGAAACUGUCGAGAAACAACUUUUUGAGCAUGGCAAAAAUAGCUUGUUUUUGGA